UUUCAGUACUGCCCCCACACAAACCAUAGCCAGAAGAGUAUACGAGACCCUUAAAGCAUAAAGUCUUAAAGAAUGCCAGCAUUUGCCACCAACAUGAGGCUCAAAUUCCCAAUCUUGGCUCUGAUCCUGGAAGUGGUGACCAUUGUCCUGUAUGCUUUGUUUGUGGUGUAUGACACCGGUGAUCUUCACAAACAUCAUGAUGGAGGAAAUCAAACUCAUGCUGAAAGCCCACUGACACUCUACCCAAUGUUUCAGGAUGUACACGUGAUGAUCUUCAUUGGCUUUGGUUUCUUGAUGACCUUCCUGAAGAAAUAUGGUUUCAGCAGCGUGGGCAUUAAUCUGCUGCUGGCCGCCUUUGGUUUGCAAUGGGGUCUUCUCCUCCAGAACGUCUGGCACAUGCAUGAUGGAAAAAUAAACGUCUCCAUCGAAAAGAUGAUUAAUGCUGACUUCAGCACAGCAACUGUUCUGAUCUCAUUCGGAGCCGUUUUGGGAAAAACCAGUCCUGUCCAGCUUCUCAUCAUGACCCUGUUGGAGAUCACCACCUUCUGCAUCAAUGAACAUCUGGUUGUAGCAAUCAUUGGGGCAUCUGAUGUUGGCGCAUCUAUGACCAUCCAUGCGUUUGGAGCUUACUUUGGCUUGGCUGUCGCUCGUGUCUUGUAUCGCCCGGGUCUUCGAGACGGUCACGACAAUGACGGAUCAGUCUACCACUCAGACUUGUUUGCAAUGAUCGGCACGGUUUACCUGUGGAUGUUCUGGCCAAGCUUCAAUUCUGCUAUCGCUACUCCGGGUGAUGCUCAAUUAACAGCUGUUAUCAACACAUAUUUCUCUCUGGCCGCGUGCGCGCUUGCUGCUUACGCAACUUCCAGUCUGGUAGAGAAGAAGGGGAAACUGGACAUGGUCCACAUUCAGAACGCCACGUUGGCUGGUGGUGUCGCCGUGGGGACCUGCGCAGACAUGAGCAUCCAGCCAUUCGGAGCGAUGCUGAUCGGAAUCACUGCAGGAAUCAUCUCCACCCUCGGCUUCAAGUUCCUCACUCCCAUCCUCGCCUCCAAACUGGGAAUUCAAGACACCUGUGGUGUGCACAACCUGCACGGCAUGCCAGGCAUACUGGGAGGACUUGCUGGCAUAGUGGCGGCAGCACUUCAUAAGAAGAAUGAUGUUACAGCAGCUAAGCAGGCAGGAGGUUUGGCAUCAUCUCUGGGCAUUGCUUUGGUGGGUGGACUCAUCACAGGGCUGAUCAUGAAGAUUCCAUUCUGGAGUCAACCACCUGACCAAAACUGCUUUGAUGACUCUAUCUACUGGGAGGUUCCUGAGGAAGAACACGAGCACGAAGAGCGUUUGGCUCAUGGCGAAUAUUCCAAGAACAAAGAUGAAGCUUAAAGCUUCGAACCAACUUACUUUACAAAUCAAAACCAAUCCAUUAUGCACCUCAGGGCUUCUCAACCAUCAGCAUCUUUGACACUUACUAAAAUCUUUAACAUGAACAACUUACUAUAUGUAUAGGGAAAUGUAUUAAAAUGUGUGGGGUUUUUCUAACAUUUUUUGAAAAGUGAUUUCGGAAAGCUUUAGAAGAUAAGUUGGUCACAACAAUGAAAAUAAUGCAUAACCAGUGUGACACUAUGGAUCUUAUGAACGUGCUCGAACAAAGUCGCUCACUGUAAUUUGUCAAAAACCUGAGCCAAUGUGAGACUUCUUUCCUGAGUGUCUUUAAUCUGAGUAGUUUAAUAAGCUUCUACACAGACCUAGUUUUUAUCAUCACUGUAUGUAUUUACCUUUGCCUUUAUAUUAAGCUUUUAAUAGCAUAUUUGUGCAGCUCACGCCGAUAUGAUCACAUCCAACCCAGACAGCAGAUGAUGCACCAGAUCCACUGACUUUGGCAUAGAUCCGGUGCAAAUCUGGUUCGGAGUCAUCUGUUGUCUGGGAAACAACCAGGUCCUACAAACCAUUUAUAUGUUGUUGUGAUCAUUAAAACCACUUUUAUAUAAAGAUACAGUUAUUAAAGGAAUUUUCAAUAUUAAAAUAUGUUAUUACCU